UCUGCUGUUGAUGCUGCCAAAGAGCGCCUCUCUGACGUCACUUCCCUAGCGCGCGGGAUCAUUGCUAACAGCAGCUAACUAACAACCAGAAACUCUCACAGAUCUCACAGAUAGUCAACAUACUCCAGAGCAGAUCUCUGCUGUCUGCCUCAGCUUUGAUCAUUCAUCUGUAUAUUACAUGUCGCGUCACUGACACCCUCUCUGCUGCUGUUUGUUUUUGGUUUAGUGAAGAAAGCUGUUCUGUUGUUGACAUGUCGGGCUCGGUGAGUGUUGUGUCACCAGCUGCAGGACUUCAGUAACAGACUACCUUCACUUUUCUCUGGCGGUUUUUCUCUGGUAUGCAUUCAAAGUGUCCUCUCAGGCUGACUCGGCGUUGAGCCGGACUUCUGGCUUCAGUGUUCAGGUCACCAUGAAGCUGCAGUGUGAUGUGGAGGUGGUGAGUCGGAUGCUCGCCACGUUUGGGAUGAAAAAUCGAGGGAAAGGGACGAGGGCUGUGAUCUCCAUCGGGAAGCAUUUGGACAAGACGAGUCAACGCAGCAACAUUUACAUGAUGAUCUGCACAGCUAAGGACAGAACAGGCUCUAAAUAUAAGCUCAAAGACAACAUAGAGAAGUUCUUCACUUGGUUUGUGGAGGAAGGCAAAGCCACCGUGCGAUUAAAGGAACCUGCUGUUGACAUCUGUUUGAGCAAGGCUGAUUCAAACAGCUUAAAGAACUUCCUCUCCGCCGCCCGCUUGGCCGACAGAGGAAGCGACACGAGCAGCCUCCCGCUCUCCACCCUCACUCCUGUCCGCGCCCGAGACGUCGAGCAGCCCAAGAAGAAGCUCACCAUCGUCUCCAAGAAGGACUACCCGCUCACCUCCAACUUCCCGUACUCCCUGGAGCAGCUGCAGGUCUCUUACUGCAAACUGUCACGGGUGGAUAUGCGGAUGCUCUCGCUGAAAGCUCUCCGUAAGCUCGACCUCAGCAACAACCACAUCAAGAAACUCCCCGCCACCAUCGGCGACCUGGGCUGCCUCUCCGAGCUCGUACUCCACAACAACCACCUGGAGGCCUUCAGCGAGGCCCUCUGCCUGUCCACUCUGCAGCGCACCCUCCAGCUCCUGGACCUCAGCCAGAACCGCCUCCGGUCCCUCCCUGCACAGUUCUGCCAGCUGAGAGAGCUAGUGAACCUCAAACUGGAUGACAAUGAACUCGUUUGUUUGCCGUUCCACAUUGGAAGACUCUCGAGGUUGAGGUUCCUGUCAGCAGCUCACAACCAGCUGGCCGUGCUGCCGGCUGACUUCCGUAAAUUGAGUUUGGAGAACCUGGACCUGUUUGGGAAUCCGUUCGUACAGCCGAACCCUCUGGACCACACCAUGAAACUCACAUUCCCUGUUUCACUUCAGGAGCUGGCUUCUAGAGCUGUCGGCAACCUCAGGAUACCAUACGGGCCUCACCUCAUCCCCGCCCAUUUGUGCCGGGACCUCGAAGUAGCCAAGACCUGCGACUGCAGCCGCGUCUGCAUCAGCUUCUACAUCAAGACGGCGGUCAGCAUGAACCUUCACCAGGUCUCUCACACGGUGGUCCUCGUGGAUGACAUGGGGGGCACGGACGCUCCGGUGCAGCAGCACUUCUGCUCCCUUUCCUGUUACUCUCAGUUUUUAGACAACUCUCUUCAGAGAGGAAUCAGAUGAAAAGAAAAAUAAUGCACACUAAACUCUGGAGACUCUGGUUGUAGACUUUGGCAUUAGAUUGCAAGUGGUGCAAGUUUUCUGGUAGUUAAAUGACAGAUUAUUAACUCUUCAAAGGUCUAUUGUUAUGUGGUUCAACCACAUAUUUGAAAUAGGUGAUGACAAAUCCUUUAUAACUGCUCCAGCUAGAUCUGUACGGCACUGACAUCCUGUUAAUGACAGUGGGCUGCAGCACUGAUGCAAACUGACAGUUUACCUGAGCUGCUUUAAAAUAUCAUUCACCAUCUUCUCUGUCUUUCCAGUGUCUUUCCCUUGUGACCUUUUUCCUCUCGCCCAGGGAAUAAAGAAAUUCAUUUUUACCCAAACACAGUGCCUCAGGGUCCAGGAGCAUUGGCUAAAGGGAGUUGGUUGCUGCGCUAAUGACCCACAAUUUUAUAUACAUGUAUAUGUGAAGAAUUUAAUAAAAUAAAAGUAUCAAUUACA